GCGCAGCUUCAUGCGUAUGGAGUGUAAGUGUCACGGCCUCUCGGGCUCCUGUACUCUCCGCAGCUGUUGGAGGAAGAUGCCCCUCUUCAGAGAGACAGGUGAUUGGCUGCUUCAGCGAUUCCGGACCGCCCAGCAGGUGAUGGGCAGCAACGACGGCAAAUCACUGAUCCCCGUCUGGCCCGAUGCCCCGCCCCCCCGCGACCGCGGCCUCAACCGCAACCUCGACCUCGACCCCCAAGACCUCAUCUACUCCGCCGAGUCACCUGACUUCUGCCUGGCCAAUCGGAGGCUGGGAUCGGAGGGGACGAGGGGGCGGGUGUGCAACGGGACGACGUCGAUGGCGGGGGGUGCGGUGUUGUCGGCAACAGGAGGAGGCGCCGUCAUGGCAACGGGCGGGUGUGAGGCGCUGUGUUGUGGGAGGGGCUUCCAGCAACACACGCUGGUGUACGAGGAGAACUGUGUGUGCCGGUUCCACUGGUGCUGCGUGGUGCAGUGCCAACGGUGUCUCAUCAAGAAGGAGGUCACCCUUUGCCUCUGACCACCUGGGACUAAAUACACUGGAAGGGAGCCCCCAAAUACAAUACAUGGACCAUUCUGCUGGUGUUGCGUGGUGCAGUGUCAACGGUGUCUCAUCAAGAAAGAAGUCACCCUGUGCCUCUGAUAGGACCAGAAAGGGACCACACCACCCCUAAUACAGUGGAACAUCAGCUUGUGUCUCUGGUACUGGGCUGGGGUUACAUUAAAAAGCCGACAUGUUUCGACCUCACCAGGUCUUCAUCAGGGCUAGGUUCACCAUUGAAAAGAAAGGCCUCCCAGAGCCACUGACGGCUUUGGCUGAGCCCAGGACAAAUUCAUCUGAAUGGGCUCAAUACAGUGUUUCCAUUACAUAGACCCUCGUGUGGUGCAGCACCACAAAAUGAAAACCGGUUCCACUGGUGCUGCGUGGUGCAGUGUCAACGGUGUCUCAUCAAGAAGGAAGUCACCCUCUGAUGUCAGGUGUCUCUGGCUGCCGGGGACAAAAUCAAAAUGUCUCUGAGAUGGCCCCCAAUACCGUGUUUCCACUGGCGCUGCAUAGUGCAGUGUCAGAGAUGUCUCAUCAAGAAGGAAGUCACCCUGUGCCUCUGAUGUCAGAGAUCAUGGGACUACAUCAUCUGGAAGGGACCCCCGUACCCCUGUAAUAUAGUGGGAUGUUACCAGGGCCCUAAAUUACCUUUUUUCAUCAUUAGCCAAAAUGGCUCGUAGAUGUCAAUCUCACUCGCCAAACACACACUGACACAAAUGGGUCAAAGUGGCUAGGAAGUUGGUCUUUUCUACCAGCCAAACGGACAGUU